AUGUGGAAAGGCUUUGCGAAGUCUUCAUUAAAGAAGGGUGUCGGAGAGUUGAUGUUUAUAAUCAUGUUAGUGCUGUUGUGUCAAGGCCUCAUCUUCAUGAGGCGCUACGAGCCGCGCGGUUCCGACCUUCAAACUACUCUCAUCGACGAGUAUUCUAACGAGAAAGUUCCAAGUGACGGCGAGAUCUACCGUAAAGUGCGACAAUAUCGAAAUGAUGCAAAUGCGCACUUCGAAAAUCGGUGGCUGGCUCGCCUUUCGGAUAACAAAGCUAGAAGGCUCCGAGGGUUGGAUUCCAAUCCAAUUGUGCGAGCCUCCUUUGAUUCCUUACUCGUUAUUCCUUCUUUGGUGAUUCAUGGCAUGCAAAUUGGCUCACUCCCACAGGCUCUGGCCAUUGAUUGCGAUGAGGAGAUUGUUCAUGCUUUGACCAAACUACUGCAGUUCUGGUCCUCACUUGUGAGACAUGAUCGUGAAAAGAUGCUCAAAAUUGACCGCUAUACCGUGGAAACUCUGCAGCUUCUGGCCCCGGGGGUUUCGUUGAAAGAUAGGACUACUGUUAAGGGCCUCCUGCACAGCGGCGAGGUCUUUUCAGAAUUCACCUCAUCGGAAAGGAUAUCCAUAUGGAACGAAAUCAAAAAGAGCGAGGGGACAGUUCCCUCCCUGUUUACAUUUUUCAAAGAUCUGUGGUAUCUAGAAUCAUGUGCCAAUUGCAUUAAGCGACUUAUAACACCCUCUAAAUCUUUCCCUACAAUCAAAGGUGCGUUGCGUGCUUCCUUUUCAGCUCUUGAUGCCACCAACCGGCAGUACCUGAUACAAACUUCCGAAACCGGAUUCCGACAUUAUUCGCUUUCUCAGGGUGAUCCUGCGGAGCUUGGCUAUAGACAACUUUGGCUCUAUGCCAUGCGCCAUUACCCAAGUGUAUCCAAAAUGACUCAAAAGAAAGACCCUAAGGCGAGGUCCAAUCGCGAGGUUGUGGACCCUAUGAUCUUGUUUGACAUGGCUGUACUCGCAAAAACACUUGGCUUUCAGUCGCCACAAAUCGAACAACUUGUCAAACAGUCGCCGGAUCGUCAGAUCGCCAGAGAUGCCCUUUUGCGGGCCCGUCGAACGGAUCGCUAUCGCUACAACGAGGAGGAGUUUGAUUCUUUGAUCUUCAAAGUCACCGAGUGCUUCUUGAGAGCAACACGUCUUGAUGAUAUACCUCCAGUCCAGUAUGCUGGUGGAAGAGAAACCAAGAAAGAGUCUCGCUACGGGCACCCGCAAGCCAAAGAGCAACUCCAAGAUCGCCAGUUUCUGUUCAUCGAUCAAAUCCAUGGUGAAUCCCUCUCCAGUGUCAAAAAGGCGACAUCCCUUUUUGUGAGGCGCAGUGUUUACUUUACUUUCUUCGGCAAGCUACCAAUACCUGCUAUGGAUAACGGGGACAGCGUGGGCGAUUAUCCAAGCCCAGAUUUGGCAAUGUCUCCCCUUUUUGUUCCAAGCAAUGUUUCACCAGAAUACGAACCAGUAGGAAACGAGUAUGGGUUUGCUGAGGGAAGAACCGAACAGCAUGCUAUCUCGGAACAACAACUCUUGGACAAUGCAGGCAGAGAGCAACAUCAGCAGAGGGGACAAAAAGAGUUGCUUAAAAACCAGCAACAACCGCAACGAACACCCCAAUCCUCCAGUGUCACACAAGGAUCGAGGCCUUUUUCCGGAGAAUCGUGGAAACCAUCCUCACCGGGCAUCGAAGUUGAUAUCGUUGAGUCGAUGGACACUGAUUCGAUGGACGUUGAUUCGACAGUCAUUGAUUAUAUGGAUGUUGAAAUGAUCGAACAUACAGAUCUAGAGGAGCAUUCUGGGCCGACAAUUGAGAGCGAAUGUAGCUUAUUUUCCGACUCAAUUUCCAAUUCUGGCGAACCAAUCAGUGUCGAUGAGCUGGUUCAUCACGAAUCAGACUUAGAAAUGGCCAGCGACGUCGAAGGCGAGUCCCAGGAGGCGAUCAUUGGAAUCAACUGUGUUGAAAUGGAGCUGCAAGGAACUCCACUCCAAGGAGAGACUGAAGUGAGGAUUGAUCAAGCCCCACAGGAUACCAAUAUGGAAGAACAUGCAAGGGUAGCAGAGGACGAAUCCGCUGCAAGCACGAAGGGGCUCUCUCCGAGGACCGCAAUUUUCAACACAUUAAAAAGACUGGAAGGGGGUGGGAAGACAAAUUCUAUUCAAGGGCCUUCUAGCGCUAUGUCUCAUCAACAAAACAUCGAGCCACCAGUGCCCUCGCCACAAGACACUUUGGUGCAGGACAUAAGCGACCUUUUACAACCGACAAGACACACCCAAAUCAAUUUCCUCAAAGCAAAGGCAUUACCACAGCCCAGAAUGAAUGAAGAGGAUACUUCAUUGCCUGGGGCAGAAGUGGAAGACGAAAUGGCUGGUGGUCCGACACGACGCUCAGUCUCUUCGGAUACUAUCGACUUAACCCAGAUUCCUGGAUCGUUAUCAGCAAGAUCUGUUAUCCUGGCGACUCAAGAGAAACCGAAACUCGACCACCAAUAUCGGCCGGAAGAAUCAUUGACCUCCGAGGGAAUAGAACUCGAAAUUCCGUCGGAAAUCCAGAGCGCAGACAAUGGGAAUAGCAGCAUCGGAAACGUGGCUACAUGGGAGGAUAUGCAGCGACAAACCCCAGAGACAGUAUCGGAAGAGGAUUCAGCGCAGGGGCGUCCCAUGGUGAACGCUGCGCACGAAGAAACUGUGACCGAUAGUCCUCCCAUCUUCUCGUCGCAAGGUAAUCUUGUGCCGAAAAGUAUUUCGACCCAACCCAAUGCACACAAAUCAGCAAGAGUUGACAGGCCCAAAAAGCUGCAAGGAGGUCAAGACGGGCGUCGGGAACAAGGAGAUAUGGACAAGUCUUCAACGGAGCCCUCGGGGGUGGAAAUCAUAUUCCGUGGACGUGACAAGUACGGUGAAUGGAGUCACGUGAUUCAUCGAAUGAUGGUCGAUCCAUCCGAUCCGUCUUCUGUCCAGCGGAUGGCGUCAAAAAACGCGAGAAAGAGAAACAUAACAUUUUAUGACAAGAUGUUGCGCCAAGUUCCUCCUGCGAUGUGCUUUGAUGCGGCAAUUGAGGAUGGAGCGAACACCCUCUUCAUGACAGACCGGGACAAUGUGGUUAUCGAUGAAGAGGCAAUGAAUUCGAUCACACGAGCGCUGGAAGGCGAGAAUGAUGGUGAUAUGGCAAUUGAACGGCAGCAGUGCUUCAAUGCAGCAACCGAGCCAUCUACGAACACUAUCUAUAGGGAAAAUAUGGAGACAAAUAAAAAUUCAAUGAAUCCGGUCACGCUAUCGCUCGAAGACGAGAGUGAUGAUCGGGCAACUGAUGAUCGGCCAGCUAAGCGGAACCAGAGGAAUUGA